AUUAUUUAUUUGUUGAGGUUGAUUCAUGAAUAGAUAAUAAAAUUUGAUGCUACUUACUAAAUUAUUAUUAUUAUUAAUACAUACCAACUUGAAGUCCCUUGAUCAAGUGAUGUGUAUUUACGGAAAUGGGUAACUGUAUUCCAUCUGGUAUCGAUCUGAACGACAUGGUUCACGCACCUCAAGCGGAUCAAAUAACAAACAGUUUUGGAAUCUUACAGUGCAACACAUGUGAAACAAUGGAUUAUGGAAGUAGUCCCAAUGCUUUCGGUCUAAACGAAAUGGAUUCUGAUAUAAAACUUCCUUUACUCACACGAAUAUUCUCACGCCAGGCUCACAACGAUAACUCAAGUAGUUGUGAUUUUCACUCCAAUUCACUUGGAAGUGAUGAGCUAUUUCCACAAAACACCGGUAAAAUUAACGUAUCUUCAGUUUUAGUUAAACAGGACAUGAAGUGGAAUUUGCAGCUUGCACGACCAGUGUUGGAACUAUUUACGACUCCAUCCAUCGACAGAGAACUAGAUACCCUAAGCGAAACUCAAAAACAAUUACCUUAUACUGCCGAAAAUACUACAAAUGUAGAAGUAAAACGAAAUUCUGAUAAAAGAAGAGGUAUUACAAACGAGGAUAGUGGGAUGGAAAGCUGUUCACUCGACAGUCACUUGAAAAGUUUAUACUUACCAUAUGACGUCAAAAAAGACGACGCAAAAAAAUUGUCACCUGGAUUUGAGUUAAAGAAAAUAACCAGUGAAGACGUUUGCGGAAAGACAAUGCAAUUAAUGAACUUGAUCUAUCCAAGAAAAAAGAGAACUACUGGAAGUGCACAAAUUACUGAUAUAAAUUCUAGCCCUCCCAUUAUGUCUAAAUGUUCUAUGAACGAAAUCAUGUCAGAUGAAAACAAAGAUCAAGUGAAACCUGUACAACCUUUUUAUGAAGAAUGGCUAUGUGAGAAAAAUAAACAGAACUUGAGUAGCGAUUCAACAUGUAGCAUUUCAAAUUAUCGAAAGCUUUCAGGUGAACAAAGGAGAGUCCUACCAUUUGUAGCUGUAGCCAAAAUGACUUAUUCUCAAAAAUAUCCUCAUGAAUUAAAUGUUUCAGAAGGAGAAAGGUUAUUGAUACUUGAUCGCAUGUCGACUCCACUUAAUAUAAUUCAAGGUAGAUCAAGCUCAUUAACAACAGAUGAAGAUUUUUGGCUAGUUGAAAGAAUUGAGCUAAAGCAUAUGUCUAACCACUGUUCACGGAAAGGUUUGGUGCCAGGAAAAUAUUUGCAAAUCAUUGGUAAUUCCUUAACCACCCACAUUUCCUGGUUUGAUAUUGAUAGAAAUGAAGCAGAAAGAUUACUGCUUCUAAUGGGUAACCCGUCGGGAACUUAUAUUAUACGUCCAUCUUCAGAUUCAGAUAAAACAUUCGCUCUGUCAGUACGAUAUUUGGACCAAUCGACACUGAUUUGGUCAGUGAAGCAUUACCGAAUAAGAUUUAGAAUAAAAGAUGAAAAAUACCAUAUAUUCAGCCGCAUUUCAUUUCCGACUAUUGAUCAACUGCUGGCACAUUAUACAGUAAAUGCCGAUGGAAUCGCCUGCUGCUUAACUACACCAUAUCCGAAAAAUUAUGAGCCACCAACAGAAUUAUCUUUACUAGAAGUAAACCGAAAUAACUUUGGAUUCAUUAAAAAACUUGGACAAGGAAGCUUUGGUGAAGUAUGGCAUGGAACGUGGAAUAAUCAAGUGCCUGUAGCGAUAAAAAAAUUACUUGGGAAUGGUAACAUGAAUCGUACAAGAUUUCUGAAUGAAGCUGAACUUAUGCACCGACUGAAUCACCCGAAUGUAGUCAGAAUUUUGGCUGUAUGCACACUUCCUAUUAAUGAACCAACUUACAUUAUAAGUGAAUUAAUGGAGAAUGGAUCUUUGAAACAGUAUAUGCAGAAGCUUAAUCCCGUAGAAAUCAGAAUGAAGAAUCUACUUGAAAUGAUAAAAGACGUUGUCGGAGGAAUGGUGCAUUUGGAGGAACAGCACUAUGUUCACCGGGAUCUAAGAGCCAGCAACAUUUUAGUUGACAGCAGAAAUAGACUUAAGGUUGCAGAUUUCGGUUUGGCUCAUUUGCUUGGUGAUACAGACGAAUACAUUGGAACACUGGAAACCAAAUAUCCCGUUCGAUGGACAGCCCCAGAAGGGAUUUUAAAGCAUGCUUAUUCAACAAAGUCAGAUGUGUGGUCAUUUGGGAUACUGGUUCAUGAAAUAUUAACCUUCUGUGAAUUACCCUACAAAGAAUUCACUGUGAAUGAAGUUAAGGUACGCGUGUGUUCAGGUUACAGAUUACCUCGUCCCACAUUGAAAAUAUCCUCUACAGAAACUCUUCUACCUGUAGAUGAUGAGUACGAGGUUCCCAAACAAAAAAGUGUGAAAACUUUUAUGUGUCCUAUUAAUAUUUACAACAAAUUGCUUGAAUGUUGGAAUAUUUCACCAGCUGAAAGGCCAUCAUUUAAUUCACUAUAUUCUUUUAUAGAGGGAUUAUUAGAAAAAGAAAUCAAGAAGGAUGUCAGCAUGAAAUAAAAAUAGACGAUAUUUCAAAACAUCCUGUCUAAAUGUUUAAAUUUAUUUUACACAUGUUUUGUACUUAUUCCAUAAACUUCAAAAGAAACCGAAUCAUUGAUUUUUAUAAGUGCUGCAUUUCUUUCAAUACAAAG